AUGCUCCACACCAUGGUCCACAAGUACUCCAACCCGGCCAAGUACCUCACCUACGCCCAGAACGUGAUCCUCCACUCGACCUGGCAGUGGGUGCUCCCCACCCGCGCCCAGCAGCAGGCCGCCUCGCUCAAGUGGGCCGCCAGCAAGGGAUGCAACCAGACCACGACCGCCGCCGUGCUUGCCUGCAUGCGCGCCCUGCCCGCCACGAGCAUCGUGUCGACCUCGGGCCUGGUCAACUACUUCCAGCCCUCGGUCGACGGCCCAGCCCUACAACCUGUCAAGAACGGCGACUACAACACCGACGUCAACGUCAUCAUCGGCUACAACGCCGACGAGGGCAACUACAUGGCCUUCACCCGCAACGGCUUCCGCGGCCCGACCGCCGCCCUCACCGAGGCCGACUACAUCAAGAGCGUCUACACCACCAGCCUGUCCUACUGGCUCACCAGCGCCCAGAUGGACGGCAUCUUCAACUGGUACGCCGGCAACACCGCCGACGUCGGCUACUG